AUGGUUGGUCAUCGUAUACAAAACAAAGAAUCCUUAAACCCUGAUUAUAUGUGUCCUUGUUGUUCAUUGUUAUUGCGUGAUCCUGUACAAUUGAUAGAUUGUGGUCAUCGAAUGUGUCAAUCAUGUGCAAAUGAACAACAAGGAGAUAUCAUUACAUGUUGUGAGUGUCAUAAGAAAACAAAUCGAAACAAAUUAUUAGUCGAUCGAGGUUUUAAAAAGGAUAUGCAGACUUUGUUAAUUAUUUGUUCACUUUGUAGUUGGGCUGGUAUGUUGAAUAUCUAUCAAAAUCAUCUUGAUCAAAAUCAUCUAAAUCCGUCAUGUGAUUGUUGUAAUCAAAAAUUUAAUUCGGUGAACGAUCUUGAUCGACAUAUACAAUAUGAUUGUGAAAAAGUCACUGUGGAUUGUCCAUUAAAAGAAUUCGGAUGUCAAGCAAUGAUUCUUCGUAUAAAUCUUACUCAACAUUAUCUGAGCGAACAACAUCAAAAUGUUUUAACGAAUAUUGCUCGUAAUUUGAAAUCAAUAUUUUCCAACGUCAUGUACAAUCAUCUUCAGAUCUCUUCACAGACGACAAUCGAUCAUCGUCAAAUGAUAGAUAAUGCGACAGUUCAAUUACAAGAGACUGAUGAAACAAUGAACAUUCUAUUAGAUGGUGUUGGAGCAUUGAAUGAUGAUAUGAAACGUCUUAGUAAUGAAUCUCUUUAUCAUAAAAAUGCACUCGAUUCUCUAGCACCAGGCUUUUCGACACUAAAACUAUCUAUUCAAGAACAAAAUCAAUGUUUAGAUGGCAUCAAAAUCAAUCAAGAUAUUAUGCAGCAAGAUGUUGGAUCAAUAGAAAAAAAACUUAACGAUAUGAAAAAGAGUUCUUAUGAUGGAACAUAUAUGUGGAAGAUAUGCGAUGUACAAGAAAAACUGGUAGCUGCUCAAUCUGAUAAGCAAACAUCGAUUUAUUCUCCACCUUUCUAUUCAUCACCUACAGGUUAUAAAAUGUGUCUUCGACUUUAUUUGAAUGGUGAUGGGAAUGCUCGACAAACACAUAUGUCAUUAUUUUUUGUUCUUAUGCGUGGAGAGUAUGAUGCCAUAUUAAUAUUUCCAUUUAACUAUAAAGUGAUAUUUUGUCUUUAUGAUCAAAGCAAUCAACAAAAACAUAUCAUUGAUUCAUUUAGACCUGAUAUUAAAUCAAAUAGUUUUCAACGACCACGCUCCGAUAUGAAUAUUGCUAGUGGUAUACCAAAAUUUGUUCUUCUAACAAUGCUACAAAAUGAUAAAAAUUCAUAUAUACGUGAUAAUACGAUAUUCAUCAAAGUAAUCGUCGAUUUUAAUAACAUGUCAAAAAGACUUCUACAAUAUGCAUUAAGUCUCAAUCCAGGUUUGACGAUUUCAAUACAACAAACGAUGAUUCAACAGGAAAAUCAGCGACAGGAACAAGUGUUGGCUUCUUCAACAACAAAUGUGCAAACAAAUCAAUCGAUGACAGAGAAUUUAUAA